AAGACAAGAAAAGUUCCACAAUCCAAUGAUUAAAUUAGGGUACUGUAAGCUAUACUGUCUGAGCAGCCGCUUUUGGAUCCAUUUGGCCUAAAGUUCAGAAUCACAGAGAUCAUCAGGCAAAGCGUCAUGGCCACCGAUUUCAAAUCUAUCCCAAUUAUCGAUGUUGGUCCUUUCGUAGCCAAGUGUGAUGAUCCAAACAUGGCUCAAGACCCCAUUGUGUGUGAAGUCGUUAAACAAUUGGACCAGGCUUGUAGAGAAGCUGGAUUCUUCUACGUGAAGGGACAUGGUAUACCUGAUCCUCUUAUCAAAGAGGUUAAAAACGUGUCACACAGAUUCUUUCAUCUUCCCUAUGAAGAAAAAUUGAACAUAAAGAUGACUCCUGCUGCUGGAUACAGGGGGUACCAGAGAAUUGGAGAAAAUAUAACCAAAGGCAUUCCUGACAUGCAUGAAGCUAUUGAUUGUUACAGAGAAAUGAAACCAGGGGUGUAUGGAGAACUUGGUAAUCCCAUGGAAGGAAAUAAUCAAUGGCCACUUGAUCCGCCAAACUUCAAAACACUGAUGGAGGAAUAUGUAGCCCUUUGCACAGACUUAUCAAGAAAAAUCUUGCGGGGAAUUGCUCUCGCAUUGUGCAGUUCAGCUGAUGCAUUUGAAGGUGAAAUAGCUGGAGAUGCUUUUUGGGUUUUGCGUAUUAUUGGUUACCCAGGUGCAUCUAAUGAAAAAAGUGAAGAAUUGGCUCAGAAUGACAUUGGAUGUGGAGCUCACACUGAUUAUGGUUUGUUGACUUUGGUUAAUCAGGAUGAUGAUAUAACUGCACUUCAGGUGAGAAAUCUCUCUGGUGAGUGGAUAUCAGCUCCCCCAAUUCCUGGAACAUUUGUGUGCAACAUUGGGGACAUGCUAAAGAUUUGGUCAAAUGGUUUGUAUGACUCAACUCUGCAUCGCGUUAUCAACAACUCUCCAAAAUAUCGCGUAUGCGUGGCUUACUUCCAUGAGCCCAACUUUGAUGCAGCUGUAGAGCCUUCAGAUAUUUGUGUAAAGAGGACUGGUGGGAUCAGGAAGUCUGGCAAAGCGGUUUAUGGAGAACACUUGGUGGGCAAAGUCCAAAAAAACUUCGUUUGAAUUUUGAUCUUGUAAUAAUUGUGUAUAUUUGAUGGAAUAAUACACGAAUAAGUGUCUCAACAGCAUGCAAAUUAACCUCAGUUUAUUUUCAUUUACUAAAUAAAAAAUUUCACAGAAAUUUAAUGUAA